AGAACCCUGAAUCAAUCAUGAUUGAAAAAAUGCUUAAUCAGUUGUUUAUUGCUGCGAUUGGAGUGACAACAAUAAGAUAGCGGAGGGAAAAACUUGAUCGCACACUAUACCUAUUGACUCCUAUAUAUUUUAUACACUAUUUUGAUGAUUCAGUCAAUAUUGAAGUUAAUUGGAUUUGCUGGAUCGUGGAUGAUUGAGUGGAGUGUGCGCUUUUAUUGUAGAGUUUACUGUUUUAAAUGGAAUGUCAGUAUGAAGUAAACUGGAAGUGCAUGUGGGGCAUUUUAAUGCACUUUUAAUACUGCAGCUUUGAAAGGGUUAUUGAUUGUAAUUGAAGAUACAAAUGGUGUGUCAGACAUUGGAUAAUCUUCUUUUUUAAUUUCUUCAUUUAAUAAUAAGUAACUGGAAAUAGAUACUUCAUGAUAAAAGCAUAUUUUAUUCAUAUAAGUUCAAGUGCUAACAUUUUCUAGAUAGACAAAGGAAUUUAUUUGUGUGGAAAUAAUCUUGUUGGGAAAAAAAACCAGUCAUGUCAACAUCAAGUGUAGAAAGUUUUGUGUGUGUUCCGAGAAAUGCCUGUGUUAUGAUUUAUCCAGACCCUGAGUUACAAGCAGAAGUUAUGAACAGCCAUGUCAGAUGUAAAUAUUACAAGGAGGGAUGUCGCUGGGUGGACAAACUUCAAAAUCUUCAGGGUCACCUAGAUGUUUGUCGUUAUGAUGCCAUUCCAUGCCCCAACCAGUGUUCGGAAAUCUUGUCACGUCUCUCGUUAGAUGAUCAUCUAGAAUUUAGCUGCACAAAACGUAUUGUCAUCUGUGAAUUCUGUAACCAGGAGUUUCCAGGGGACGCCUUCGAUCUGCAUGUAGGAAACUGCCAGUAUGAGAUAGUUUGGUGUGAGAACAAGUGUGGCGCAAAACUUGAACGUCGAUUUCUCAACAACCACAUGCGGAAUGAAUGUCAUAAACGUACAGUAAAAUGUCCGUACUGCUCCAAGGAAUUCGUUUACGAAACAUUACAGACCCAUCAGUACCAGUGCCCGAGGUACCCUGUCCCCUGCCCCAACAGAUGUGACCCCACAAAGAUUCCGAGGGAGGAGGUAGAUAUACAUGUACAGGAGUUGUGUCCAUCUGCAACAGUGUCAUGUCAGUUUAAGCACGCUGGCUGCACUCACAAGUGUCCGAGAUACAGCAUGGAUCGCCAUAGCGACGACAGUACAAACCUACAUUUACAGUUAAUGUGUGACCUUGUACAGAAACAACAAACUCAGAUAACACAGCUCUGUAAUGCACUGUAUUCCGUUACACAAGUAACAGAUGGUACUUUCAUCUGGAAAAUUACAGACUAUAAACAGAAAUUCAUUGAAUCCAUUUAUAAAAACACUGAAAUUGUCAGUGAGCCCUUCUACACAACGAGGUUUGGUUAUAAAAUGGCCGCCUCUGUAUUUUUAAAUGGAAAUGGUUCAGGAGAAGGCAAAUAUUUAUCUGUGUACAUAAAAAUUCUACAAGGAGAGUAUGACAACAUUCUUGACUGGCCGUUCAUGUUACCCAUCUCAUUCACAUUAUACGACCAAAGUUCUGACCCAGAAAAACGUGCUAACAUUACAGAAAGUUUCGUUCCGGAUCCAACGUGGAAACAUUUCCAGAAACCAGUGAAGGACGUAGACCAGCUUGGGUUCGGAUAUCCCAAAUUUGUGUCAAACGAAGUGUUAAAGAAGCGAGAUUAUCUGCGAGGAGAUUCUCUUAUUCUCAGAGUGAAGGUAGACAACUCUCAGCAUAUCAUACCUUGAGUGGAACAUUGUUACCUCCCUUUAUGCAUUUAUGUUUUCCUGCCAUUGAACUGUGUUUGUUGUGUACAGUGCUAUCUUAAAACCUUUCCUGUACUUCUAUAUCAAGACGUUGAUACAUACUUACUGAAGCAGAAUACUCUAUUUACUCGAGGCAAAUACUGCAGGAAAAAAUUAUUAUUUUCAGUAUGUGUUACACUUCUUGUAUUUCUACACUUCUUGUAUUUCUAUGAUCAAGAAAGAAAAAUGGCCAAGUAUUUUUCCACAUUGAAUUUCAGAUGACAUGCAUACUUUGUCUUUCUACUAUGAUAUUCAAGUCUGAUAUUUAUAGCUUAAAAUAUUGAGAAUGCUUUUGAUACUCUAGUUUCAGGAAAGAAGAUUUUGAAGCUUAUUAUAAUGUUAGAAAUUUGGCCAGUUUCAUUGUAAUGAUGAGGUUGUCAUCUCAAAGUCGUUACCAAAGAUAGUGAGUUGUAAAUUAGAAUUGUACAGUGAUGAUAAGAAAUAAGAACAUUACCCAACAGGUAAACCGUCCAGAUUUGAUAAAAAUGAUAAGAAUGUGUUCUUGCUGUGUGGAAUAUAGACCAGGAAGUUCUUGCUGUGUGGAAUAUAGACCAGGAAGUUCUGUCGUCGAUUAUUUCUUCCAAAAAUCUUGCUUGUAUCAAAUUAUGACUGAUUUAAAGGUUAUGGAUCAGACUGAACUAUAGGUUAUGGUUCUGCCAUGUUUCUGACUGACUGAAAAGUUGUGUUUCUGAUUAUUCUACAGGUUGUAGUUUUAACCAUGCAGACUGACAUUUGGGUUAUGGUUCUGACCAACCUAUAUGUUGAAUUCCGACUGAUCUGAUAGGUCAUUGUUGUAACUGGCCAAUAGGUUAUGGUUCUGCCAUGUGUCUGAUCCACUCAAAGGUUAUUUUUCUGACUAUUCUACGGUUAUAGUUCUAUCCAUGCCAGCUGACCUUUGGGUUAUGGUUCUGGCUAGGUGGGCUGUGGUUCUGAUCUAUAAGUUAUGGUUCUGACUUACCCAUAGAUUACUAAUAUGUGCAAUAACUAGAAAGAUAUUUCAUGUUUUAUUUUUGUUUGUUCAACUAUUUGAAAUCCCUGCUGUUUUCUUGUUUAUGUAUUAAGACUAUUUUUCUCUAAGCAUUUAAUGUUUUCUGUAUAUAGAACCUGUUCUUGUUACAUAUGAUGUUAAUAUUUCAUGUGAAAUUACUGUCAGAUUUGAAUAUGUAGUAACAGUUUUCUGAAACCAUACCGUGAUAAUAGUUUGUUACAUUCUGUAGUUCUAGCCGCCAAUGGCCAGUUCUGUCAGUUCAGUCUAUCUGAGCAGGUUUAUAUUUGUAUUUAUAACUUUCACAGCUUUCAAAAGUUAUUUAAACCAUUACAAUAUUUUCUAUGUUCCUGGGGUUAAGCUAGGUCAUGUGUCAUCGGUUUGCAUCAGUAAAGCUCAAAAAGAAUUUCAUUUGUCCAGUUAAAAUAAAAUUAAGUAAAAUUUC